AUGUCGCAGUGCUCCUUUUCAUCGCUCCCUGCAGAGAUAGUGUUCAGCAUUCUCAAGGCUGUUCUGGAAGGCAUCGUCCAAGAUGAUAUGGUGAUAACUCCUGAAGCAGAACACUGGAUAUUGGCAGGUGGCCUGCCGUUCCCUCACAGCAUGGCGUUGGUCUGCAGACGUUGGCGAGAUAUCGUCUCUUCUACCCCUGAGCUGUGGACUCGGAUCUUUUGGAUGAUAAGCGUACCCGAGGAGGAGGACCGCCAUCGUAUAAACUCACAGCUGGAGAAGUCGGGCAACUAUCCUGUCCAUUUGACCAUAAUCAACUCGUGGUGUCACAAACGUGGAAUUCGUAUUAUUUUACACCGCCUUGCACCGCAUCUUCAACAACUCAAGAGCCUUAGAAUGGCUAACUUCUACGAGGCACACGACCUACCACACUUGGACACGCUAACAGGAUAUGCGCCCCAGCUUGAGAGUUUACAAUUGACAGAUGGAAAACAUAUUCAUCAUUGCACCAACUUUAAAUCACGUUUGAAACUCGACUGUCCCGCUCUCAGGAUCUUUCACGUCGACAUAAUUGUAGCUUACAACCUCGACCACAGGUGGUUGAAGAACAACUUGACACAUGUCGAGUUCAUGACCAUUUCAUGCGGAUCUAGUCGGAUCCGUAGCGCGCAAGCAGUGAUGCUUUCUCGAGCGCUGCAGGCAGUUCCACGCCGAAUACCUUGCCUCACCCUUGACAACUUGCAAUUGCCGGAUUCAAGUCUUGUCUCCAUAAAUCAAGCUGACAUCAAAAUCGGGGCAGAGCAAGUGAUCCUGCGCACAAGCAUCGACGCUUUGGCUGCCAUCGAUGACGAUUGCCAGACCAUCGUUAUCGAGAAAUGCGAUUCUGUUCAUGAUCUUCAACGCAUAUCGUUACCUUCUUCAUCAAGAUCACUGGAGUUGGACGGGUGCGAUAGCAAAGAACCGCGGCGAGUACCCGAUACUCGUACGUGGGACGGCGAUGCAGUCACCAUCACGAACAGCCACUCCUCCUGCAUAGAGAUCAUCCUACACCUCCUCGGCGCACCUUUCAAUGAUUAUAGUUGUUCCCUGUGGUGCCAUGUCACCACUCUCAAGCUCGUUGCCAACGGCGAUUUCGUCCUGAACUUACCGUUGACUUUACUGAAGGCGAUGAUCACUAGCCGGCAAGGGGCUGCAGAGCAGAAAAGUUUGUCAGGGAAGAACAACGAGCAUAACGUGGAAUUAAAUGGCGUGCGUCCGCUCAUGGUAUUACAUGUACAAGGAGGACAACCUCUGUCGCGCGAGGAGAGUGUGUGGUUUGAGAAACGGGUGAGGGACUUCGUGUGGGACUACAAGAGGAGGUAG